UGAGGAUAAAAGCAGCUGCUGCUGCCUUGGGAACCGUGCUGACAGGACUCUACUCCCCCUGGCUGGGCGGCAGUGCUGAGCAGUUCGGUUCGGGCAGCCCCGAGUAGCUUAGCGGCCGAGGAGGCGUCCAUCCUUUCCCUGCCCAAACCUACAUCCUGAGCUGUCUCGCCGCUGCCCACCCGCGGAGCACAGGCCAUCUAAGACGAAUCCGGACUUGAAUUCUGUGCGGCUGAUUGCAGAGCUGGAGGAAGGCAGAGGCUCCCGGCACGCCUGCAGAUUAGUCUUUUCCAAAAAGCCCAAACAUCUUGAUAAUAUUCAGAUACCCAAUCAGCAUCCAUCAUGGCUAGCAUCAUUGCACACAUGGGUAACAGCCGGCGGCAGAACGCUCGCUUGCCGCCUUGGGCCCAUUCCAUGCUGAGGUCCCUGGGGAGGAGUCUUGGUCCUUUAAUGGCCAACAUGGCAGAAAGAAACAUGAAGUUGUUCUCAGGGAGGGGCGUGCCAGCCCAGGGGGAAGAAACCUUUGAAAACUGGCUAAUCCAAGUCAAUGGGGUCCUGCCAGAUUGGAAUAUGUCUGAGGAAGAAAAGCUCAAGCGCUUGCUGAAAACCCUUAGGGGCCCUGCCCGGGAGGUCAUGCACUUGCUCCAGGCAGCCAACCCCAACCUAAGUGUGGCAGAUUUCUUGCACGCAAUGAAACUGGUGUUUGGGGAGACUGAAAACAAUGUGACUGCCCACGGUAAAUUUUUUAACACCCUGCAGGCACAAGGGGAGAAAGCCUCCCUUUAUGUGAUCCGUUUAGAGGUGCAGCUCCAGAACGCUAUUCAGGCAGGGAUCAUAGCCGAGAAAGAUGCAAACCAGACUCGCCUACACCAGCUCCUUUUAGGGGCUGAGCUGAAUGGGGACCUGCACUAUAGGCUGAAGCAUCUUCUCAGGAUGUAUGCAAAUGAGCAGGAGCGUCUUCCCAAUUUCCUGGAGUUAAUCAAGAUGAUAAGGGAGGAGGAGGAUUGGGAUGACACUUUCAUUAAUAGGAAGCGGGCCAGGAGAUCCGAGUCAAUGGUGGAGAGGGCAACCAGCCCAGUGGCAUUUCAGGGUUCCCUACGGAUAGUGAUCGGCAGUGCUGACUGCAAUGUGAUAGAGCUAAAUGAUAUCAUCAAUGACUCAGAUGAGGAUGUGAUCCUGGUAGACCCUCCACUUCCAUACAUAGGUGCCCCUCCCCUCAGAGAAAGGCUCCCACCUCAGGAUCAGACAUUGGUCAUUGAUUCCCCCAACAGUUCGCAGGUCCAGUCUCCUUCCAUCAGUGGUGGUUCCGGGUAUAAGAAUGAUGGUUCUAAGGAUAUGUGUAGAGCCAGGAAGUGAAAAUACACAACCCACUGUUCAUAUUGUAGAAAAGAGGGCCACUCCAAGGAAACUUGUGACAAUGAGAGCAACAAGGCCCAGGAACCUGAUCAUCACCUUGCAUGAGCUGAUACCUACAGAGUAGGAGGGGUCAAAAGAGGUACCCAGUAAAAACAAUGACCUCUGAGCCACAGUAAGGUGAUAGACCCAGCCCUAAGUAAAUCCUUAGAUAUACUAAAAAACUGGUGAUGAGGAAAAAUGGGAGUAUAUUUCUAUCUGCAUGAAUUAAUCCAUGGAAGAGGAGGUGUUGGAUGCCAGCAAAGUGGAGGGGAUGGCCUGACCUCUGUCCCUGCUCCCUCUUCUGUCUCCCUAAGGGUCUAUUCUCUGUGCAUCUAUUUCCUUGCUGACUUUGUUUUAUGAAAGGAGUAGAACACUUUGUUAAACCUUUAAAAAUGUAGGAAAAUAGAAAAACUAAAGUACAAAUCACCUGAAACUCUCCACUCAUAUAGCCAUUGUCAGCCCUUUGAUGAAUGUCCUUUUGUAUAUUUCCUUUUAAUUGUGUACCCAGAUAAAUAUAUGUAUACAUAAAAGUGAUCAAAUAUAACUGCUGUUCUAUACUGUGUAUUUUUUCACCAAGCACUAUAUAUGGUGACCUUCUAUGUCAAUGAAUAUAUAUAAGCAUCAAGUUUAAUGUCUGUGUGUGGUAUUAAUUUUAGGAAUAUAGAGGAAAAAGAGGAAAACUAAAUAUAGAAGCUAUAAUGAGGAGGGUCAUACUCCAAAGUAGAAUUUUUAGACAUGAAGAAAAGGGAAGCUGAAAAAGACUUUCAUUUUUUUGCAUGUAUCUGUCCAAUUUUCCCAACAC